GUCAGGUUGUCGUUGGUGUAAAGAAUAAAAAUGAACAACAGUUGAGAAUUUAUUUCGCUGCUCCCCAGUCGAGCUGUUCUGACUUCUCUGACGAGAACAUCGUUAAGAUGAUCGGUGACACCUGAGCUUUUCUACUGGAUGCUGCUCUGUGAGACCAUAAUGAGUGGAGGUGAAGUCUGAGCAUCAGAGGUGAUGCUACAGCAUCUAAAGCAAGAGGAGGAGGAAAAGGAUGAGGAGGAGGUCCCCCUGGUGCAGCUCCUCCCUGGACCACGUCGGUCAGUUUAAAUGCUCAGGAGGUGAAAUGGACGGGGGUCAUUGGGACUGUUCGUUUUUCAGGAGUACACCUCGUCCACAUCGGCCGCCCCAAACCCAAACUUUCCAAAACCAAGAGCUCCUCUGAACGUCUCUCUUCUUCACAUCAUUUGGCCCUCCACCAUAAUCCAAGAUGUCCAAGAAGACCCAGGCUGAGGACGAGAAGUUCCUCUAUGUAGACAAGGACCUCCUGAACAGCCCCAUGGCGCAGGCCGACUGGGCUGCCAAGAAGCUGGUGUGGGUUCCAUCAGAGAGGAAUGGCUUUGAGGCAGCGAGCAUCAAGGAGGAGCACGGUGAUGAGGUGCUGGUGGAGCUUGCUGACAACGGCAAGAAGUUAACGGUCAACAAGGACGACAUCCAGAAGAUGAACCCCCCCAAAUUCAGCAAGGUGGAGGACAUGGCUGAGCUCACCUGCCUGAACGAGGCCUCUGUGCUGCACAACCUGCGAGAGCGUUACUUCUCAGGCCUCAUUUAUACCUACUCUGGUUUGUUCUGUGUGGUCGUGAACCCUUACAAGAUGUUACCCAUCUACUCUGAGAAGAUCAUCGACAUGUACAAGGGAAAGAAAAGACACGAAGUCCCCCCCCACAUCUACUCCAUCACCGACAAUGCCUACAGGAACAUGAUGCAAGAUCGUGAGGAUCAGUCCAUCCUCUGCACUGGGGAGUCUGGUGCUGGAAAGACGGAGAACACCAAGAAGGUCAUCCAGUAUUUGGCUGUGGUGGCGUCCUCACACAAGGGCAAGAAGGACAGCAGUGCACAACAAUCAGGAGCACAGUUUGCCUACGGGGAGUUAGAGAAGCAGCUCCUGCAGGCCAACCCCAUUAUGGAGGCCUUUGGAAAUGCCAAGACCAUCAAGAACGACAACUCCUCCAGAUUUGGAAAAUUCAUCCGCAUCAACUUUGAUGUGACUGGCUACAUUGUUGGAGCCAAUAUUGAAACCUACCUGCUGGAGAAGUCUCGCUGUAUCAGACAGGCAAAGACGGAGAGAGCUUUUCACAUCUUCUACUACAUGAUCGCCGGAGCCAAAGACAAACUGAGAGAGGAACUUCUCUUGGAACCAUUCAGCAAUUACCGCUUCCUGAGUGCAGGUCACGUCCAGAUCCCUGCUCAGCAAGAUGACGAGAUGUACGACGAAACCAUGGAGGCCAUGAACAUCAUGGGCUUCACUGACGAGGAGAGAAUCGACAUCCUCAAAGUGUGCUCCACGGUCAUGCAGCUGGGAAACAUCGAGUUCAAGAAGGAGCGCAACCAGGAGCAGGCCACCAUGCCUGACAACACUGCGGCACAAAAGGUGUGUCACCUGCAGGGUAUCAAUGUGACCGACUUCACCCGAGCUAUACUCACCCCUCGAAUCAAAGUGGGAAGAGAGGUGGUGCAGAAAGCACAGACCAAAGAACAGGCUGACUUUGCCAUUGAAGCUCUGGCUAAGGCCAUAUUUGAAAGACUGUUCCGCUGGAUCCUGGGUCGAGUCAACAAGGCCUUGGAUAAGACCAAACGACAAGGAGCUUCCUUUCUGGGAAUUCUGGACAUCGCUGGCUUUGAGAUCUUUGAGGAUAACUCCUUCGAGCAGCUGUGCAUCAACUACACCAACGAGAAGCUGCAGCAGCUCUUCAACCACACCAUGUUCAUCCUGGAGCAAGAGGAGUACCAGAGGGAGGGCAUCGAGUGGAAUUUCAUUGACUUUGGCCUUGACCUGCAGCCCUGCAUCGAGCUCAUUGAGAGACCAAACAACCCACCAGGUAUUCUGGCCCUGCUGGAUGAAGAGUGCUGGUUCCCUAAGGCCACAGACGUCUCCUUUGUGGAGAAACUGGUGAACACCCAAGGGAACCAUAUUAAAUUUGCCAAAACCAAACAAAUCAAGGACAAGACAGAGUUUUCUCUUUUCCAUUACGCUGGAAGAGUGGACUACAACGCCACCGCCUGGUUGACAAAGAACAUGGAUCCUCUGAACGACAACGUCACAGCUCUGCUCAACAACUCCUCCAGUCAGUUUGUACAGGACCUCUGGAAAGAUGCUGACAGAGUCGUUGGUCUGGACACCAUUGCCAAGAUGACAGACAGCUCCAUGCCCAGUGGUUCAAAGACCAAGAAGGGAAUGUUCCGUACAGUGGGACAGCUCUACAAGGAGUCACUGGCCAAACUCAUGACGACACUGCACAACACCCAACCCAACUUUGUCAGAUGCAUCAUCCCUAACCAUGAGAAGAGGGCAGGAAAGCUGGAUGCUAACCUCGUCCUGGAGCAGCUGAGGUGCAAUGGUGUGUUGGAGGGAAUCAGAAUCUGUCGACAAGGUUUUCCAAACAGAAUUGUCUUCCAGGAAUUCCGACAGCGUUAUGAGAUCUUGGCUGCUAGCGCCAUUCCCAAAGGAUUCAUGGACGGAAAACAAGCCUGCUGCCUCAUGAUCAAACACCUGGAUUUGGACCCCAACCUGUACAGGAUUGGACAGAGUAAGAUCUUUUUCCGUACUGGAGUGUUGGCCCAGUUGGAGGAGGAGAGAGAUCUGAAGAUCACUGUGAUCAUCAUCGCUUUCCAGGCACAGGCCCGAGGCUUCCUGGCCAGGAAGGCCUUUGCUAAGAGGCAGCAGCAGCUCACAGCCAUGAAGGUGAUCCAGAGGAACUGUGCCGCCUACCUCAAACUCAGGAACUGGCAGUGGUGGAGGCUCUUCACUAAGGUCAAGCCUUUGCUGCAAGUCACCAGACAGGAGGAGGAGAUGGGUCUGAAGGAGCAGGAGCUGCAGCGGGCCAAAGAAGUUGCCACAAAGUUUGAAUCUGAGCUGAAGGAGAUUAGCUUGAAGCACACCACUAUGGUGGAGGAAAGGAAUGCACUGCAGGAGCAGCUGCAGGCUGAGACGGAGCUGUACGCCGAGGCGGAGGAAAUGAGAGUUCGCCUAGCGGCUAAGAAGCAGGAGUUGGAGGAGAUCCUGCAUGAGAUGGAGGCCAGGCUGGACGAGGAAGAAGAACGCGCUCAGAUGCUGCUAGUGGACAAGAAGAAAAUGCAGCAGCAGAUGCAGGAGUUAGAGGAACACUUGGAAGAGGAGGAAGAUGCCCGUCAGAAGCUGCAACUGGAGAAGGUGACCUGUGAGGCCAAGAUUAAGAAGCUGGAGGAUGACAUUCUAGUGAUGGACGACCACAACAACAAACUGAUGAAGGAAAGAAAGCUGAUGGAGGAGAGAAUCGCAGAUUUCAGUACCAAUCUGGCAGAGGAGGAGGAGAAAUCUAAAAACCUCACCAAACUCAAGAACAAACACGAGUCCAUGAUCUCUGAGUUAGAGGUUCGUUUGAAAAAAGAAGAAAAGUCCCGACAAGAGCUGGACAAAGCUAAGAGAAAGUUGGAGGCGGAGACAAAUGACCUCCAAGAGCAAAUUGCUGACCUUCAGGCUCAGAUCGCCGACCUCAAGGCUCAGCUCGCCAAGAAGGAGGAGGAGCUACAGAACGCCUUAGCCAGGUUAGAAGAUGAAACGGCCCAGAAGAACAAUGCUCUGAAGAAGAUCAGGGAGCUGGAAGGACACAUCUCUGACCUGCAGGAGGACCUGGACUCUGAGCGAGCAGCCAGAAACAAGGCCGAGAAGAUUAAACGAGACCUGGGGGAGGAGCUGGAGGCUCUCAAGUCUGAGCUGGAGGACACUUUGGAUACCACGGCUACACAGCAGGAACUAAGAGCCAAGCGUGAACAGGAAGUGACCCUGCUGAAGAGAGCCAUCGAGGAUGAGAACCGAACCCAUGAGGCGCAGGUUCACGAGAUGAGACAGAAACACACCCAGGCUGUGGAAGAGCUGACGGAGCAGCUGGAACAGUCCAAACGAGUGAAGUCCAACCUGGAGAAGACCAAACAAGCAAUGGAGAAGGAAAUUUCAGAAAUAACCAUGGAGGUGCGUUCACUGACCCAGGCCAAACAAGACGGGGAGAACAAGAGGAGGAAGUUGGAAGGUCAAGUCACGGAUCUUCAGUCACGCUUCAGCGACAGCGAGAAACAGAAGGCGGAGCUGGGAGAGCGCUGCUCCAAGAUCACCAUCGAACUGGAGAGUGUGACAAACCUUCUGAAUGAAGCAGAAGGAAAGAACAUCAAACUGAGCAAAGACGUCACCAGUUUGUCCUCCCAACUCCAAGACACACAGGAGCUGCUGGCUGAGGAGACGCGUCAGAAGCUGCAGUUCUCUACCAAGCUUCGACAAGCUGAAGAUGACAAGAACAGUUUGCAGGAGCAACUGGAAGAAGAGGUGGAGGGCAAGAGGACUGUUGAGAGACAUGUGUCAACACUCAACAUCCAGCUGUCAGAUGCAAAGAAGAAGAUGGAUGAAAUGUCAGGAAACAUUGAACUGCUUGAAGAAGGCAAGAAACGUCUACAGAGAGACUUGGAGGCUGCCAACACGCAGUUUGAAGAGAAGGCGUCAGCCUACGACAAAAUGGAGAAGACCAAGAACCGUCUGCAGCAGGAGCUGGAGGACACGCUGAUGGACUUGGACAAUCAGAGACAGAAUGUGUCCAACCUGGAGAAGAAGCAGAAGAAGUUUGAUCAGAUGCUGGCUGAGGAGAAGAGCAUCUCCAGUAAAUAUGCUGAUGAGCGAGACCGUGCUGAAGCUGAGGCCAGAGAGAAGGAGACCAAAGCUCUGUCCCUGGCAAGAGCCCUGGAAGAAGCUCAGGAUGCAAGAGAGGAGCUGGAGAGAGCCAACAAGGCCCUGAAGACAGACAUGGAGGAUCUGAUCAGCUCCAAGGAUGACGUGGGAAAAAAUGUUCAUGAGCUGGAGAAGUCCAAGCGAGGCCUGGAGGCCCAGGUGGAGGAAAUGAAGACUCAGCUGGAGGAGCUGGAGGAUGAGCUGCAGGCAGCCGAGGAUGCCAAGCUGCGUCUGGAAGUCAACAUGCAGGCUCUGAAGGCCCAAUUUGAGAGAGACCUCCAGGGACGUGACGAGAUGGGAGAAGAGAAGAAGAGGCAGCUGGUGAAGCAGGUCCGUGAGUUGGAGACUGAGCUGGAGGACGAACGUAAACAGAGGACACAGGCAGCAGCAGCGAAGAAGAAGCUGGAGACCGACAUUAAAGACCUGGAGGGACAAAUUGAGACGGCAAACAAAGGACGUGAGGAGGCCAUCAAGCAGCUCCGCAAGCUUCAGGGCCAGAUGAAGGACUUCCAGAGGGAGCUGGAAGACGCUCAUGCUGCCAGGGAGGAGGUGCUGUCCACCGCAAAGGAGAGUGAGAAGAAGGCCAAGAGUCUGGAGGCUGAGCUGAUGCAGCUGCAGGAGGAACUGGCUGCAGCGGAGAGAGCGAGGAAGCAGGCUGAAGCUGAAAGAGACGAGCUGUCUGACGAACUGGCCAGCAACUCCUCUGGAAAGUCAGCUCUGUCAGAUGAAAAGCGUCGUCUUGAAGCCAAGAUAUCCCAGCUGGAGGAGGAGCUGGAAGAGGAGCAGAGCAACAUGGAGAUCCUCAAUGACAGGCUGAGGAAGAGCACACAGCAGGUGGAUCAGCUCAACGCCGAGCUGCAGACGGAGCGCACCACCUCCCAGAAGAACGAAAGCGCUCGACAGCAAAUGGAGCGUCAGAACAAGGACUUGAAGGCCAAGCUCCAGGAGAUGGAGAACCAGGUCAAGUCCAAGUUCAAGUCUUCUAUUUCUGCUUUGGAGGCUAAAGUGGCUCAGCUGGAGGAGCAGCUGGAGCAGGAGAACAGGGACAAGCAGAAUUCUGCUAAGAACAUCCGGCAGAAGGACAAGAAGCUGAAGGAUCUGAUGAUGCAGGUCGAGGACGAACGAAAGCAGGCAGAGCAGUACAAAGACCAGGCAGAAAAGGCCAACACUCGUAUGAAGCAGUUGAAGAGGCAGCUGGAGGAGUCAGAGGAGGAGUCUCAGCGGGCCACAGCCGCCCGCAGGAAGCUGCAGAGAGAGCUGGAUGAAGCCACAGAGUCCAACGAGGCCAUGAGCCGCGAGGUCAACUCACUGAAGAGCAAACUCAGGCGUGGAAACGAACCCUCCUUCAGCAGUGCUCCCCGACGUAUGGGUGGAGGUCGGAGGGUGGUGGACGACGCCUCAGAGGAGGACGCUGACUCCCAGAGCUUCAACGGCACAAAGUCUAUGGAGUGAAGGGAUGUUUAUAAAAAAAUCAAUUUAACUAAAUCACCUUACAGGGUCUGCCACUUUAUUUUCCCAACCCCCAGAAGAUAUCAAUUAUAAAACAUAAAUAUAUAUACAUUUCUUUCCUUCCAUUUCCGAGCGCAUACUUAUCUGUCUUCUUGUUUCAGAGCACGUUUCUCAGCUACGUCAGGAUUAGUGGAGAGCAGGUUCACUGAAGGCUGUGCUGAUGUGGGUUUUGCAGUUUAAAUGUUUAAAUUCUACACUGUGUUGUGCUGCACUGAAUGACUGAUAUUCUCCUGUGUAACCUUGUGGUACACGAUGAUGCAGUAGCUGCCUCUCAUUACUACAGUGAUCUGCUUCCAUAGUACAGACGUGUGUACAUUUGCAGGUGUGUAACUGUGACCAGCGUCCAUCUUCCUGUUGCCUGUGACUGCUGUUAGUGUUUCAGAGCCCGACCACAGAGGUGGUGGGUCAGACGGUCUGACCAGUGCUGUCAUAUGUCAUAUGUAUCCUGGUGAAACCAUUAUUUAGCUCUUCAAACCGUGAGGAUUUUCUUCUUUAUUUCCACACUUCUGUUACCAACGAAGAUUAAUUUAGUUCACAAAGAGAAUAACUGAAUGUUCUUUCUUCAACUAUAAACUGUUGAAUUGAAACUUUGAGGCACCCAUUUCUUUACAUGUUCAAAUGUCCCCGGUUACGUACAGCCCCUGCCUGUAUUCUACUGAAGUUUACAGGACACCAUUCACUUCUAUUCAUUUUUGAACCACCUGCACAAUAAAUAAAGACAAUAAAAAAAA